GCUGCCGCCUCAUGGAGCCGCAGGGGCCCGGCUGUCCCGGCAGCGUCCUCUUCGGCUGCGAGCUGACUGCCAGUACCAAAUCCUAUACGUUUCAGGUGGACGAGGAAGAUGACUCCGACCACAUUUUGGCCCUGUCUGUGGUCUGCCUCACAGACGGUGCCAAGGACGAGUGCAAUGUGGUGGAGGUUGUCGGACGAAACCAUGAGAACCAGGAGAUAGCUGUGCCUGUGGCGAAUCUGAAGUUGUCAUGCCAGCCCUUGCUGAGUCUGGACAACUUCAAGCUCCAGCCUCCGGUGACCUUCCGUCUGGCAGCGGGCUCUGGCCCAGUACACCUUGCUGGCUGGCACCGGAUCGUGCACAGGGAAGAUGCUUCUUUUGAGGACGAUGACUUGUCUGAGGAGGAGGAGCUUCCUCCUAUCAUGCCAGCCAAGAAGUAAAGGAGGCAGCAGUAACUUAUCUCCAGGCAAGGUACUUGCUGGGACUUCUCUCCUCGGAUGGCUUUUACCUCGGACACCUCUUGCCAGGACCUCAAUGUUUGCUGCUUUGUUUUUAUUUUUAUUUUUUUUCUGUUGUAACUUCUUGGGGAGCAGGGGCUGCUCCCAGCACUGGGGUGUCUCCUUUCCCACAGCCCUGGGAGGUUGAUCCCAAAACUGGAUGAAUGCUGCUGGUAUAUCCCCUCUCCCCCACCCCUGUGCUGGGAGUCGGGGAUGGAGGAGGUGAUCCUUGCCCUGUGCCUUUUGGCUGUCCUUGACCUCUGCUCUGUGUACCCCCUCUGCCUGGCUCUGAAAUACCCAGUCCUGGCCCCUUCCCCAGCAGAUGGAUGUAAAGCCAGUGGUGGGACAGGCAGUUUCACUGAUUCUAGUAUGUUUGCUUUUCUUUACUCACAAUUUGAUGGGUUUUAUACACUUGGAAGUGUGAAACUGGGGCCCAGGCUGCAUCCUCAACUGCGGUUAUGGUGGGGUGGGAGCUCACAGCCUAUCUGUGAUUUCGGGGGAGGUUCUGGGUCAAUCUGCUUUGUAAAGAACUUUUUUUACACUCUGAAUAAAGAUCUCUCAGGCA